AUGAUUCACUUCUACCCGAACUGCACGUUACCUCCUACUGCGGGUAGGUUUGUGGCAGCUCCUGAUGUCCGGGGAACCCUGGACAUAGUUUGGAGUUGUGGCUCGAUUCUCAUCCUCUCCUGCUGGUCCAUCUUUCAUCCGAAUAUUCCCCCUCAGUUCAAGCCCACACCGAAAGGCUGGCACAAUACCCGGCGACACUUAUUCCUCUUUUUCCAAAAGCUGAGGUGGGUGGUUAGUAUCUUAGUGGCUCCAGAGAUGAUCAUGACCAAGGCAAUGUUGGACUUGACAUCUGCCAAGGCGCUCCAAGUGCCCUUGCAAGAAUUCGCAGAAAAGGAUGGAGUCGACUGGAGUCUAUCACAUACAUUUUUCGCCAACAUGGGAGGCUUUCAGAUCUGUUUUCCCCAGGACAACGAGCCAAACAGAAACGACCCAGAGACAAGCAUCUUGUCCCAACCCAAUCCGCGGUCUGUCCACCCACCACAAGGGAAAGAAGAAUUUACAAAAUCACUGUCUGAUACUGCGGGAGGAAGUAUAUUGGGUGAUAAGAGAGCAUCCAGCCGGGAUAUCAGUCCUCAUAUAUCAACCGACUCAACCGACGAGACCGGCUCCGUAAAACGCAAAACCAAAGCACGGAAUCCCAACGAUCUUAGCAACACUCGGAGGCGAUAUCGCCGGAGAAUCCAACGUUUCAACCGUUUGUUUGGGGAAAUGACAUGGCAGCCAAACAGCCAUCAUACUACCAUGAGUGAAGAAAUGCUUUCCCAGUACAGUUCUAUGGUCCGUGGAGCAAGUGUAUACAACUCAUCGUCUAUCCAACAUUAUAAUAUUCUCGCCAUGGAAGGUAGUGUGUGGGUUUUAAAUGCGCCCCAGCUUCUUAUGGCCCGACAUUAUGGUAUUAUUGAACGACUACCCAACAUUACAUGCCAGGAGAUCGAUGACAAAAACAAGGGUGAUUCCCUUAUUAAAGUCCUUGCAGUUGUUCAAAUAAUCUGGCUGAUUGUCCAAUUGAUACUGCGAUUCGCGUACCAUAAAUCAGCAUCUCAAUUGGAAAUAAUGACUGUGGCGUACGCAGUCUGUGCUUGCGUCACCUACUACAUGCUUAUCUACCAGCCGCAGAAUGCCAAUACGCCGGUUUGUAUUUCUGCGCGUAAGCUCAAGUACGAUAUCCAUCAACUCAAGGCGAUUGUUGAGGUCGGCCCCUUACACUUCCUUCCAUUCCUUGACUUUCAGCUCCCAUGCAUUCAAUAUAAUUCUUUUCCAUUUGUUGCAGACCCGAGGAAAGAUCUUGUGAAAGUAAAUCGCCAAACACAAAACUAUAUCUACCUCGGUAUCUGUGUUGGCGCUCUUAUUUUUGGCGUUGUGCAUCUAUUUGCGUGGAGCUUCCCAUUCCCGACAGAUGCCGAGAAACUUAUAUGGAGAAUCUCUUCGUUUCUAACGGCCCUGUUGCCAGCGGCUCUCAAUGCAAUAUGGUUGCUGGCAAACCGUGGCAACCGUGAAACAGAAAUCCAUAAACCAUGGUAUCUUACAAUGGCUCUUGUUGGUAUAUCGAUAAUUGUUUUAUGUCGACUGUUCAUUUUUGCAGAGGCGUUUCGGUCAUUGUACUUUCUCUCCCCUGAAGCGUUCUCCUCGACUUGGGCGUCAAAUGCACCCCAUGUUGGGUGA